CAAAGGUGACAGCUUCCGGCCGCUGGCUCCUCCGCCGGCCCAAGCACACCCCUUAUCCCUUACACUGAGGGUGGCUCCUGGGCCAGUUUUUAAAAAAUGGAACCUUAUUCCUGUGAUACUUUUGUGGCAUUACCUCCAGCAACGGUUGAUAACAGGAUUAUUUUUGGAAAAAAUUCAGAUAGAUUAUGUGAUGAAGUACAAGAAGUAGUCUAUUUUCCUGCUGCAGUUCAUGAUAACGCGAGAGAACAUCUUCAGUGUACCUACAUAGACAUUGAUCAGGUUCCUGAAACAUCUGCUGUUGUCCUCAGUCGCCCAGCUUGGUUAUGGGGGGCAGAAAUGGGAGCCAAUGAGCAUGGAGUUUGCAUCGGGAAUGAAGCUGUAUGGGGAAGAGAAGAAGUUUGUGACGAAGAGGCGCUGCUGGGCAUGGAUCUUGUCAGACUUGGCCUUGAAAGAGCAGAUACAGCUGAAAAAGCCCUCACUGUCAUUGUUGAUCUAUUAGAAAACUAUGGCCAGGGCGGAAAUUGUGUGGAGGGCAGGAUGGCUUUCAGCUAUCACAACAGUUUCCUGAUAGCUGAUAGGAAGGAGGCAUGGAUUCUGGAGACUGCAGGAAGGCACUGGGCAGCAGAAAAAGUACAAGAGGGAGUUCGUAAUAUUUCUAAUCAGCUUUCUAUAACAACCAAGAUUGAUCGGGAACACCCAGACCUGAGAAACUACGCUAAGCAGAAAGGUUGGUGGGAUGGCAAAAAGGAGUUUGAUUUUGCUGCAACAUACUCUUAUCUCGACACAGCCGAGAUGCUGCUUUCACCGGGCAGAUACUGUGAGGGCUACAAGCUUCUGAAUAAGCACAAAGGAAAUAUAACUUUUGAAACAAUGAUGGAAAUUCUUCGAGAUAAACCAAGUGGCAUUAAUAUGGAGGGGGAAUUCCUGACUACUGCAAGCAUGGUUUCUAUUUUACCUCAAGACUCCAACCUUCCUUGCAUUCACUUCUUUACAGGGACUCCUGAUCCUGAGAGAUCUGUUUUUAAGCCUUUUAUAUUUGUGCCGAAUGUUUCACAACUAUUAGAUACCAGUUCACCAGCAUUUGAACUUGAAGACCCAGUUAAAAAGAAGCCACGUUUUCAGUUUAAGCCUGACAGAAGACACCCACUCUACCAAGAACAUCAACAGGCAUUGGAAGUAAUAGACAAAAAGGAGGAAAAAGCCAAAACCAUGUUGGACAACAUGAGGAAACUGGAGAAAGAACUAUUCAAAGAAAUGGAAUCAAUUCUUCAAAACAAGCAUCUUGAUGUUGACAAAAUUGUUAAUCUCUUUCCUCAGUGUGCAAAAGAUGAAAUUAGAAUUUAUAAGUCAAACACGAGUCCUUAGAGAUCAUAUAAAUGGUCAACAGUCUCCAUCAAAGUCAGAAUGUCUCACCUUGGUAAAUUAUAUAACUUAGUUCAAGUAGAUCUGAUUAUUCUUUAAUAGCAUUUAUGUAAUAGCCUAUUAAAACUACACAUAGUCUUGCUGAAAUAUUAAAAAAGAAAAUAAUAUUGGAAUUAGGCACAUAUAUAUCAUGGAAUAGCCAGGAAGAAUUUCAGGUAUUUGUGCGCGAGUUUGUGUGUGUGUGUGUGUGUGUGUGUGUGUGUGUGUGUGUGUAUGGUUUUUUUUCUAGCCAUAA